AUGACGACGCCGAGCCACGCGGCACUCGAGUCCGUGGCGCACGCCGUGGACCUGGACCGCAUCAGGGCGCUGGACGGUGCCGACCUGCAGCGCGCCCUGCAGGAGGCCCGCGCGGCGCAGCAGGCGCACGAAGAGAACCUCGAGCGGCUGAUCGCCAACCGCGGCAAGCUCGCGCCCGCCGCGGACCGGCUCAGCGACACAGCGUCGUCCACGCUCGCCGACGUCCGCGCGCAGCUCGACGCCCUCACGGGCGCCGUCCGCGCCUCCUCGCAGCGCGCGGACCACGUCAGCGCCCGCGUCCGCGCCCUCGACUCCGCGCAGUCCCGCGCGCGCCAGGCCCUCUCGCGCGUGCAGGCGGUGCAGCGCCGCGCGUCGUGCGUCGACGGCAUCCGCUCCGCGCUCGCGACGGGCGACUUCGAGGCCGCGGCCGACCACGUCAAGUCCUACCGCGACCUCGAAGCCGACACGGCCCUCGUCCAGCUGCAGGGGCCCGGCGCCGGCGAGCAGACCGCGGCCGUGGCGGAGGCGCGCGCCGAGCUCGAGGUUGCGCUGCGGGAGCAGCUGGCCGCGGCGGUCAAGGCGAACGACCACGACGCGGUGCUGCGGUUCGCGGCGCUGCUGGGGCCCGUGGGGCGGCCGGCGGAGGGCGCGGACGCCGUCGCGGCGUACGUCGGGGGGUUGUUGCAGGAGCGGGCACGGGAUGACGUCAGGGAGGUGGACGACGCGGUGAACAGGCCUGGGCUCGGCAAGCACGUCGACUGCGCGGGCGCGCUCACGGGCAUCCUGCGCGACGCCGGCGUGGCCAUCGAGCGCCACCGCGCCCCGCUCGCCGACUCCCUUGGAAGCGGCGCCGUCGCGGUGCUCAUCACCGCCGCGCACGACGUCGUCGACCGCCACGCAGCGUCGGUCCUGAAGCUCUUCGCGAAGUACCGCGCGCUCGCGGACCUCGCAGCGAAGGUCGCGUCUGGCGGGGGGGCGUCGAGCGCCGCCGCCGCGACAGAUGCCGCGCAGGACGCAAACGCCGACAUCGAAGCGGUCCUGCACGAAAUCCUCGCGAUGUGUCUUCAGGGCGAAGAGUACCUGCGGUACGUCGAGGCGCGGCUCGGCGCGGCCGCCGAGGCGGCGCAAAACACCCCCGGAGGGGUCCCCUGGCCCCCGGCGGACGGCGACGCGCCGCCGGCGCUGCGCGGGGGCGCGCUGGCGGCCGCGGUGUCCGAGCUGCUGUCGUGGUACGUCGCGCUCGAGGAGCACUACCUCGAGUCGUCCGUCGACCGCGCCGUCGCCAUCGACGACGUGCCUGCGGGCGCGGUGGUGUCCUCCGUCGUGGACGACGCGCUAUAUAUAGCGUCCAAGUGCUGCCAGCGCGCGAUCAGCACGGCGCACGUGCCGACGGCAUGCGCGGUGCUCACGCAGGCGAACCAGGCGCUCGCGGGCCCGCUCCGCAGCGCCCUCGCCGCGCGCCUCUCCGCGCACGGCGGGCGGCAGCGCAUCGUGGCCAACGCCCCGGGCGCCCUCGGCGAGCUCUCCGACAUGGGCAUCGGCGGCUGGACCGACGGCAGCGUGCCGAAGGAGGCCCGCGACCACUGCGUCGCGAUGAACGACCUGCAGGUGUGCGCGGGGCACAUCGCCAAGCUGCGGGCGCAGCUGCAGCAGGUGUCGCGGCAGGUCUUCUCCGCGGCCCGCGACCGCGAGCGCGUGGACUCCGUGCUGUCAGACAUGGCGCGGACGGCCUCGGACGUGCGCGCCGCGGCCGCCCACGCGGUGGACCAGGUGUGCGCGGGGCUGCAGCCUAGGCUGUCGGACGCGCUGGCGGCGCUCGCAGCUACGGCGUACCACGACGCGGACGGGCCUGGAGCGGCGCAGGGGGCGCAGGGGGGCGGCGCGGAGUCGCCGUGGGUGCGGCAGAUCGCGACGGAGGCUGCCAGUGCAGUGACGUGGCUGGAGGACUUGUUGACGCAGGAGGGGUAUAACUCGCUGGUGUUGGCGCUGACGGGGGCGAUUGCGAGCAAGGUCGAGGGCGCGGUCGCGCGGCUGCACUUCUCGCAGGUCGGCGCGCUGCAGCUGGACAGGGACGUGCGCGCGCUGCAGGCGCAGCUGGCGCCGCUGAGUCAGGCGCCGAUCCGGGACAGGCUGGCGCGGCUGACGCAGGUCGCGACGCUGCUGUCGGUCGAGUCGCCGGAGGAGGCGAUGGACCUGUGGGGCGGCGGCGACGCGGGGGAGGCUGCGCCCGACAGCGGUCGCGGCGCGGCUUGGCGGUUGACCGCAGUGGAGGUGCGGCAGCUGCUGGCGCUGCGGGUGGACUUCUCCGCCGAGGCGCUGAUGGCGCUGCAGCUGUGA